AUGGGACGCCGGCUCGGGGCUAGCCCUCUUUGCUUCUUCGUCUUCCUCCUCCUUCUCUUCCUCCUCUUAGAGGUGCCCACAGCUCGGGGUCAGCCCGCUCGUCGGAGCCGUCGCCAGCUGGGGUUGCGGAGGCCGGGGAGCAGCCUAGGGACCAGCCUUGGGUCGCCCGGCUACUCGCGGGCCAGCGAGCCUCAGGUCCCGCGCGGCAGCGGCCGCAGUAGCGGCAGCAGGAGCACAGAUGUAUGCAGGAGCCAACCCUUGGAUCUGGUGUUUAUCAUUGACAGCUCACGCAGCGUGAGGCCUCAGGAGUUCACCAAAGUGAAAAGCUUCGUCACUAAGAUUAUUGACAGCCUGGACAUUGGGGCGACUGCCACUCGGGUGGCCCUGGUGAACUAUGCCAGCACCGUGAAAAUUGAGUUCAAUCUCCAGACCUAUUCUGACAAGGCAUCUGUAAAGCAGGCAGUGUCCCGGGUCAUCCCUCUGUCCACAGGUACCAUGUCAGGCCUGGCUAUCCAGACAGCCAUGGAUGAAGUCUUCACUGCAGAGGCUGGAGCCCGCCCUGCCACCUUCAACAUCCCCAAGGUGGCCAUUAUAGUGACUGAUGGACGGCCGCAGGACGAGGUGGAGGAGGUGGCGGCACAGGCCCGAGCAGCUGGCAUCGAGAUCUAUGCCGUGGGCGUGGACCGGGUAGACAUGCAGUCAUUGAGGACAAUUGCCAGUGAGCCACUCGAUGACCACGUGUUUUAUGUGGAGACCUAUGGGGUGAUCGAGAAAGUGACCUCGAGAUUCCGGGAAACUUUCUGUGCUUUGGACCAGUGUGUGCUAGGCACCCAUCAGUGUGAGCAUGUCUGUAUAAGCGAUGGAGAUGGUGCCCAUCACUGUGAAUGCAGCCAAGGAUACACCUUGAAUGAAGACCAGAAAACUUGCUCAGCUGUUGAUAAGUGUGCCCUAAACACCCAUGGGUGUGAGCACAUUUGUGUGAAUGACCGGGCAGGUGCCUACCACUGUGAGUGCUAUGAAGGCUACAUCCUGAAUGAAGAUAAGAAAACCUGCUCAGCUCAGGACAAGUGUGCCCUUGGUACCCACGAGUGUGAGCACAUCUGUGUGAGUGACAGGGCUGGUGCCCACCACUGUGAAUGCUACGAAGGUUAUGUCUUGAAUCAGGAUAAGAAGACGUGUUCUGCUCAGAAUCAGUGUGCUCUGGGCACCCACCGCUGUGAGCACCUCUGCGUGAGUGACGGACCUGGGGCUUACCACUGUGAGUGCCGCCCGUGGUUCAGCUUGAAUGAAGAUGGGAGAUCCUGCGCAGCCAUUGAAGAAGCCCGGAGACUAAUCUCGACUGAGGAUGCCUGUGGCUGUGAAGCCACACUGGCCUUUCAGGAGAAGGUCACCUCCUACCUCCAGAGACUUUCAUCCAAGCUUGACAACAUCUUGGAGAAGUUACAAGUCAAUGAUUUGAGACAGGUCCGCCGCUAGAGCUGCCAUCCUUGCCCCAUCAGGAGUCUGACAGCGUGCCUGCAGGGUGUAUGGGGCCCUGGUCACCAUCCUGCCAGGGGCUGCUUCCCAGCCACCAAAAACAUCACUGAGCAAAUAGCAAGAUGAAUUUCCAGAAACUAAUUCUUUUUUUUCCCUUCAAGCAAAAAGCAACCCAUGGAGAAUAACUGUGAGCUUACUAUAUAGCAACACUGCUUUUAAAGCAGCAAGGUGCCCACAUUGCUUUCCAGUUUUACCCCAAGCUCGGGGCAAGCUCCCUUUUCAUUCCUCGAGAAUUAGAUCACUGAGUCCCUUGAAAAGAAGCACCAAAUGCUUCCCUCUCCCAGAACUGCAUCUCUCUGCAUUGGAAUAGUGAAAAGGCUGCAAAAAAAGUAUAAUGACACUGCUCCCUCUACAGAUUCGAAUCAUUAGUUGAGACGUUUAAU